AUGGAGAGAUACGAUAGACAAUUAAGACUCUGGGGCUCACAUGGCCAGAAAUGGAUCAACAAAGCAAAUAUAUGUAUAGUGGCAUCACAAUGUGCUCUGUUUCAGGAGAUUUUGAAAAAUCUAACACUCACAGGAGUCUCAAAAUUCACAUGGUUACAUACAGGUGAGAUUGAUCAUGAUCCUCUUUUCUAUAAGGACCUGGCAAAGGGAUUAACUAAUCUCAAUACAACUGUUGUUGAUAUCAGGGCCCAAAAUAUUGAUUAUUCGGAUUCAGCAUUUGAUUGGAAGGAAUAUACAACGAUGGUAGUUGUAAAUGCGAAUAACAAACAGUGGCUAGAAAAUAUUCUCAAGAGAACUGACGCUGAAAUGCCACCAAUCAUAUGCACAUACACUAAGGGACUGUUUGGGUACUCUUACACUAAAUUAUUUGUACCACAUUUUGUGCUGGAAUCACAUCCUGAACACAAGAUUCCUGAUUUAGGGUUUCAAGCUCCAUGGCCAGAGUUAUCAAGUUUCAUGAGCUCGUUUGAUAUAUCACUGCUCAGCAGCUUACAACUUUCACAGCUACCUUAUGCCGUGUUACUUUAUAAAAUGUUACAAUAUGUUAAAGAUCAAGGAGUCGAGGCUCCAAGCAAUAGAGAUAUAAAGGCUGCCUUAAAUGAUUAUUAUUUAGGAGAAGUCAAUUCAGAUGGAUUUAAUGAUCUUAAUUAUUUACAAGCUCAACAACAUUCACAUUUGUCAACUAGAAAACAAACAUUUGAUGAUUUAGAAGACGCCAUAUCGUGCAACAACAAGCUCCUCCAAUCCAAUUCCAGACGUCAUUCUCUGAUGGAUGAUACUUUCUCCUGCUUACUCUGUAGUCUUGGCAUUUAUUUAGACGAGAAUGACCGAAAUUUGCCUAUUGAUCCAAAUAUUCCGGAUAUGGAAUCUGAUUCAACAAUUUAUCACAAACUUAAAUUGAUAUAUCAAAAUAAAUGGCAGGAAGAUCUUCGCAAAUUCGAAAAUAUCGUUGCAGCAAACUUCCCAGCUCUCUAUCGUGACACAAAUUUAGAUAUAAAGGGAGCCAUACGUUUGUUCUUUCUCCAUAGUAGAGAAAUCAAAUGUAUCAAUCCAAAUGAAAUUCGACUUUUUGAAAACGAUGGAGUGUCACAUCCCAUUUUUCGGCAGUUGAUAAAUUCACAGUUCGAAAUGGGCCGUUCCUUUGAGUCAGAACUUAUAGAGAGGGCAUUUAAACUCACAUCGUACCCCACCGAAUCCUACAUGGGAGGUUUGGUCGCGCAAGAAACGAUAAAAUUAAUCACCCACCAAUUCGAGCCUAUCGAUAAUGCCUUUAUCUAUGAUGGUUUAACUAAUAAUGCAGUCACAUUGAAAGUAUAA